GAUCAAGUAGAGGAUUUCAUUGUUUCGAUUUCUGAAUUUUGUGGCAAAUAGCAAUACGCUCUGCGUGAAACUAUUUUUAAAAAUAAAUUUGAUUACUUCAUAAUUUACUUAACUACGUCCUAAGAAAUAUAUUCAAUAGCUCCCAAACCUUAUUAUAAAAAUGACAACUAAGGUUGUGAAAUAUGUUGGCCGCACGACCGAUUUCAAAGGGAAAACAUUAUGGGAAAUAGUCGGAAGCUUAAAAAUCUUUGGAGUAGGAAGACUUAUAGUACGCCAGGUUUUUAAUAGGUACCCUGAACCCAGUUUUAUGAAAAUUGUCAAAGUAGAAACUUGUCCUGAUGAGGAGAGACGAAGAGUCCGUGUAUGGGUUGAAAAAACUUUUAGAGGAAGAAAAUUGCCAGAGAUUACAGAAAUUUAUCGAACAUCAUAUAAACCUGAUUAUCAAUUGAUAUCUAAAGAUGAGGAGCAAGAAUUAAACAAGAGGCUUACUAAUGAAUACAAUUACCCUGAUGUUAUAUUGCCUAAUACUAUUGAAAUGCCACCUCUAAUGAAAAAGUUUAUUGUUCGAGAUCAUGAAAAGAAAGGUUUACAGACCUUAAAAGAAUUUAUUAUGCCACUAAGCUACAAGCAUAGCCCUAACAGAGUGACAAGGAUAGCAAAGGGUGACGAAAAGCCUACCAUCCAGUUUGGCAUGGGCUUAGGAAAACCCAUAAGUCCAUCACUUUAUAAAGGAGUUCCCUUAGAGUAGUUCACGCUUAAAGAUAUGUGAGGGAAAUGGAUGCAGAAAUGGAUUUUAUUUUGACUAAUGUUCUGAAUAUAGAAAAGCUUUAUA